AUGUUGCUAUCACAGUGCCAUCUUCUUCACUCUCAAAUUCCUGAUAAAUCCUUCCGUCUCCAACUCCAACCAAACAAAUUUCCCUCUCCAUCAUCUUCCAGACUCAGACUCAGAGCCAUGGCUUCCUCUUCGCCUCCUCACCAACUCACUCACUUCGCCGAUGUCGCUAACAAAGCCGCCGACGCUGCCGGAGAUGUUAUCCGUAAAUAUUUCAGAAAAAAUUUCGACAUUAUUCACAAACAGGAUCUCAGUCCUGUCACCAUUGCUGAUCAAUCUGCUGAGGAAGCUAUGGUUUCAAUCUUACUUGAUAAUUUCCCUUCUCAUGCUGUUUAUGGAGAGGAAAAAGGGUGGAGGUGUAAACAAGACAGUGCUGAUUAUGUUUGGGUAUUAGAUCCCAUUGAUGGAACUAAGAGCUUUAUCACUGGGAAACCCUUAUUUGGUACUCUCAUUGCUCUUUUGCAAAAUGGCACACCAAUCCUUGGUAUAAUUGAUCAACCUGUGUUAAAAGAAAGAUGGAUUGGGAUAACUGGAAAGAAAACUACUCUCAACGGACAAGAAGUGUCCACACGCACUUGUGCAGACCUUUCUCAAGCAUACUUGUACACUACAAGCCCACAUCUUUUUAGUGGAGAUGCAGAAGAGGCAUUUAUCCGUGUUAGAGACAAGGUUAAAAUUCCAUUAUACGGUUGUGACUGCUAUGCAUAUGCUCUUUUGUCUUCCGGCUUUGUGGAUCUUGUAGUUGAGUCCGGUCUGAAGCCAUACGACUUUCUUGCAUUGAUACCUGUUAUUGAAGGCUCUGGAGGUGUCAUAACUGAUUGGAAAGGACAUCAACUCCGUUGGGAAGCGUCGCCACUUUCAAUCGCAACAAGUUUUAAUGUUGUAGCAGCCGGUGACACACAGAUUCACCAACAAGCUCUAGAUUCAUUGAAAUGGUAG